GAUACCUUAUUUAAAGAACCCAUCAACCGGUGAAACAAUUCUCAGGGAAUUAACUGGACUUCAUCUCCAGGCAUUUCAGUUCCCCGGGAAACAAAGAAAACACACAAACAGAGAAGCACGCAUUUUGCAUUUGCCUUAAUUGGUACUACUUGGUAGGAUGGAAAGCUGUUUCCUGAAUGGAAAUGUGAAUGGGAAUUAUAUGGCAGCGGAAAGCUUCGGCGUGAACAAGGAUCCGUUGAAUUGGGGGACGGCCGCGGAGGCGGCGAAGGGGAGCCACUUGGAGGAGGUGAAGAGGAUGGUGGGGGAGUACCGGAAGGCGGUGGUGGGGCUGGGAGGAGAGACGCUGACGGUGGCUCAGGUGGCUGCAGUGGCGCGGCGGGGGGCGGCGGCGACUGUGGAGCUGCGGGAGGCGGCAAGAGCGGGAGUGAAGGCGAGCAGCGAGUGGGUGAUGGAGAGCAUGAACAAAGGGACGGAUAGCUAUGGGGUCACCACUGGGUUUGGUGCAACUUCGCACAGGAGAACCAAGCAAGGAGCUGCGCUCCAGAAGGAGCUCAUUAGAUUUCUGAAUGCUGGAAUAUUUGGGGGAGGGACAGAGUCGUGCCACACCUUGCCUCACUCUGCAACCAGAGCUGCAAUGCUGGUGAGGAUCAACACUCUCCUCCAAGGUUACUCUGGCAUCAGGUUUGAAAUCCUGGAAGCCAUCACAAAGCUCCUCAACCACAACAUCACUCCAUGCUUGCCCCUGCGCGGCACAAUCACCGCCUCCGGUGACUUGGUCCCGUUCUCAUACAUUGCUGGAUUCUUGACCGGUCGGCCUAAUUCCAAGGCCUUUGGACCUGCUGGGGAGUCCCUCGAUGCCCAAGAAGCCUUCUCCCUCGCUGGCAUCCAUGGCGGGUUUUUCGAGCUGCAGCCCAAGGAGGGUCUUGCACUAGUUAAUGGUACAGGUGUUGGGUCUGGCCUGGCUGCCACCGUCCUUUUCGAUGCUAACAUUCUUGCUGUUUUGUCCGAGGUUUUAUCAGCGAUUUUCGCAGAGGUUAUGCAGGGGAAACCAGAGUUCACUGACCAUUUGACACAUAAACUGAAGCACCAUCCUGGCCAGAUUGAAGCUGCUGCCAUAAUGGAACACAUUCUGGAUGGAAGCUCCUAUGUCAAGGCUGCAAAAAAUUUACAUGAGACAGAUCCCCUCCAAAAGCCAAAGCAAGACAGAUAUGCUCUUCGAACUUCGCCUCAAUGGUUGGGUCCUCAAAUUGAAGUGAUCAGAUCAUCGACGAAAUCCAUCGAGCGAGAGAUCAACUCCGUGAAUGACAACCCUUUGAUUGAUGUUUCCAGGAACAAGGCCUUGCAUGGUGGGAACUUUCAGGGUACCCCAAUUGGUGUGUCCAUGGACAACACCAGAUUGGCAAUAGCCUCAAUUGGGAAACUCAUGUUUGCACAAUUCUCUGAGCUUGUCAAUGACUUUUACAAUAAUGGGUUGCCUUCGAAUUUGUCAGCCGGCCGUAAUCCAAGCUUGGACUAUGGAUUUAAGGGCGCUGAGAUAGCCAUGGCAGCUUAUUGUUCUGAGCUCCAGUUCCUGGCUAACCCUGUCACUAAUCAUGUCCAGAGUGCAGAGCAACACAACCAGGAUGUCAACUCUCUAGGGCUGAUCUCUUCGCGGAAAACGGCCGAAGCUGUAGAUAUUCUGAAGCUUAUGUCUUCAACAUACUUGGUUGCACUCUGCCAGGCAAUUGAUUUGAGGCAUUUGGAGGAAAAUUUGAAGCACACAAUGAAGAGCACAGUGAACCAAGUGGCUAAGAAAGUUCUAGCCAUGGGGCUAAAUGGGGAGCUUCGAUCUUCAAGAUUCUGCGAAAAGGACUUGCUUAAAGUGGUCGACCGCGAGCAUGUUUUCACCUACAUCGACGAUCCUUGCAGCGCAACUUACCCAUUAAUGCAGAAGUUAAGGCAAGUACUCGUUGACCACGCAUUGAUGAACAGAGAUGAUUUAAAGAAUUCAAACUGUUCGAUCUUCCUUAAGAUCGGAGCUUUCGAGGAAGAAAUGAGAACCCUUUUGCCGAAGGAAGUAGAGACCGCGAGGAGCGCUGUUGAGAGUGGUAAACCAGCGAUUCCAAACUGCAUCAAAGAAUGCAGGUCAUAUCCCUUGUACAGGUUUGUACGGGAAGAAUUGGGAACUGAACUUCUCACUGGCGAGAAGUUUAGAUCACCAGGGGAGGAAUUUGACAAGGUGUUUGCAGCAGUAUGCGACGGGCAGCUGAUUGAUCCACUGCUUGAUUGUCUCGAGGGUUGGAACGGUGCUCCCCUUCCCAUUUGUUAGUAAUUUGCAGUGCAGCACUAAUCUUCAAAUUUCUUGUUGUUUUGGCAUGGAAAGCCUCUUUUAAAAUUGUGGAGAGAUUGUUGUCCUGGUCUUGUGACAUCAAGCCAACCUUAAAAUUUGUUUCUUUAACCUUUUCUUCCCCUACUGUGUUUCCUUGAAUCUCUGUACAGCAGUAGGUGUGAUUUUCAGUAGCUUCCAUUAAUGAAAUGUGUUACCAUUUUUUU